AUGUCCUUAGACCUCACUGUUCCCUCCAUCUCUCCCUCUCUGUCAGAUGUGGACGAGUGUGCAGAGCAAAUUGACAACUGCAGCACCGAUGCCAUCUGCCAGAAUACGCUCAAGUCAUACAAAUGCAUCUGCAAGUCAGGCUACAAGGGGGAUGGCAAGCACUGUGAAGGUAAGGUGUCAGAGACGCACCCAUGCGCUCCCAUGCGCACAUACACACACACACACACACACACACACACACACACACACACACACACACACACACACUAUGCUUUACAUUUCUCAUUGGCUUUAAAUGACAGACUCACCUGAGAGAGAGGAUAGAGAUGCAGAGUGGACAGGUGUGAGAGAAAAAGACAGGUGCAGCCGACUGCUCUUCUGUGUCAAAGAUGAAAUGAAGCAGUACAUUUCCUACACAUGUUAGAGAAGAGAAUUAAGAUAGCGGAUGAAACAGCAGCCAGAGGCCUCUGCCUGCCAAACGGUCAGAGAUGUUUCCACAGCCCAGGGCUGCCUGUGACUCUGUCUAUAGCCUGUCAGACACAACCCGUUUUUUUUUUAGCAGGGAGCGUUCAAAGCCUCUGGACUGUUAUUUCCCUCCAUUUUUAUUAGUAUUACUGCAGAACCAAAUCACAAUGUCAUUUUUUCCCCCUUGCUAUUAUAAUUCUUUAAUUUAUUUGACUGUGUUUUUCAUUGCUCUUUUCCUUCAGGUUAUAAGGUUUGCUUUUGAAUUUAAUGUAAAAAGGAAAAUUAAAAAAUGCCCAGUUGAAAGGCUAAUCUAAGCUGAGGACAGAGUAGAGAGCUGAUUCCUGACAGAGUAUGUGCCUCUCUCUCUUCAAUAGCACCUCAUCUGUAUAGACACCUCCAGGCCCAUUAACAACAUCAGUGUAGUUGAUUGCCAUGAGCUGCCUUCCUCUCUUAUAUUGAGUGGGUUAAUAAUCAUAUUAGUAAUCAUAGUAGGUAGAAGGCAGUGCAGUACAGUACAAGGCUGUUGGUCCUGCCCUGGUUUCUACACAGUGAGUUCUUAUUGACUUUACCUGGUUUAAACUAAGGACAGGAGGAGUAUGGCCUGAAAUAAAAUGUAUGAUCGUGAUUUGGUUUUAUUUUUUCAUUUAAGUUUAAUCUCUUUGCCAAUCAUUAGAGUUUACAUUUCUGUAUAAAUUACUGUGAUUAUUGGUCUACUGUUAACGAAAGCAUUGACUGUAAUGUUUUUUCUUCUUCAUUUUUAUUACCUAAUUUAAAGUACACUUUAAUCAAAGAAAAACCUGAUGUUUUCUGCUAAAGGGUAAGAAACCUGUAUAAAUUUAACCAGUGUAGGUUUCAACUCCAACCAAAAGCUGUGCAAGCGGAGCAGUAGAUGCGAUACUGUAGUGGUGUAGAUAUGGUGUUACUGAAACAAACACCUUAAACCUUGGCAAAGCAUGGGCCAAUGGCUUGUAUAUGCUGAGAUGGAAUUACAGCCUUUGCUAUCAUAACAUUUGACGCGUAGGCCUUGUGCUUGUGGAUGAAGAAGUGUGGAAAUUGAGAUAUUAGGAUAGCUGUUCAAAUAUACUGUCCCUGUGUUACUUUUCAGUUCAUUCUGAAAUUGUACACACUAGAGUACACACUGGUAGUAUACACUAUAUGCCAGGCGAUUAGGCCUGGCUGUCGCCGUUCCAAUUAAUUCCAAAGGUGUUCGAUGAGGUUGAGGUCAGGGCUCUGUGCAGGCCAGUCAAGUUCUUCCACACCGAUCUCGUCAAACCAUUUCUGUAUGGACCUCACUUUGUGCACAGGGGCAUUUUUAUGCUGAAACAGGAAAGGGCCUUCCCCAAACUGUUGCCACAAAGUUGGAAGCACAGAAUCAUCUAGAAUGUAAUUGUAUGCUGUAGCGUUAAGAUUUUCCUUUUUAAGGGGGGCCUAGCCCGAACCAUGAAAAACAGCCCCAGACCAUUAUUCCUCCUCCACCUAACUUUAUAGUUGGCACUAUGCAUUCGGACAGGUAGCGUUCUCCUGGUAUCCGCUAAACCCAGAUUCGUACAUCGGAUGCCAGAUGGUGAAGCGUGAUUCAUCACUUCAGAGAGCGCAUUUCCACUGCCCCAGAGUCCAAUGGCGGCGAGCUUUACACCACUCCAGCUGACGCUUGGCAUUGCGCAUGGUGAUCUUAGGCUUGUGUGCGGCUGCUCGGCCAUGGAAACCCAUUUCAUGAAGCUCCCGACGAACAGUUGUUGUGUUGACACACACACACACACACACAGUCUUGCGUAGCUAACCUUGUCAGGACUUACAAUUCAGUCCCAUUCAAAAUCCUAUUUUCCCUAACCCGUAACCCUAACCCUAAACCUAAUUCUAACCCUAACACUAAUUAUAACCUUAACCCUAAACCCCCUAGAAAUAGCAUUUGACCUUGUGGGGACCAACAAAAUGUCCCCAGUUGGUCAAAGUAUAGUUAAACACGUCUACACACACACACACACACACACACAGCCCUAUAGGUAAUGCUUGGAUAUAUACUGCAUUGUUUACUGCAUGUUUUUGCCUGUUUCUCUGCAUGUUUACCCAUACAAUAACACCAAGCUUGAGCAUUCUGUAUUCAACAUUAAAAUGCCAUUAUAAAAUGUAAGCAGUCACAGACUGUUAAGCACAGGAACAGUAUUUAUACCCUGCUACUAUAGGUCCUUAGAGUUCUGCUGAGAGAUGAGAGAAAUAAAGCAAAACAGGGAAAGAGAAGAAUAAUAAAUAUUCAUGUUCUAGAUGUGGUACUUGCUGAUGGGUCCUGACUCACGGUGUGUGGAGGGAACUUUGGUCCUUAGAGUGGUCUCAGGUGACAUGUUGCACUGAGACUCCUGUUGGCAGGCUGGCAGACAUGAGGCUGGCAAACACACCUUGGCAGGGCACACCCUCUGUCUCAGGAUGCCAGGGAGGUUGUCAGGGAGAGCAGGGAACAGGAAAGGCUGCCAGGCUUGUUCAGAACCAUUCUAUCCAUUCAAUCUAGUCUAGUCCAUCAGCAGGGGAACCACUGCAGCUGCAUCAUGCCUCAGUGCCUCUUAGCAAAGUCCCCUGUCCAAGUCAUCACAUAGACCUCUCUCUCUCUCUCUCUCUCUCUCUCUCUCUCUCUCUCUCUCAAUCUCUCUUUCUUUUAACCCCUAGAACAUUAUUUAGUUUUUAUCUCACUGGUAUUGCCCAUGGAGUAAAUCCACCUGUUUGAUAGGAAUUUGAUGGUGCUGCAUUCAAUGUGAAUGAGUCAAAUUGGUCUGUAACAGACUGAAUAGUGAACAGACUGAACAAUGGAGUUGGGUGGAUAGAAUCAUGUUGAUCUUGAGAAAUGACAGUGUUGUGAACAAGAGGGAGGAAGCCUCCACUCGUUGAGGGGAUGAGAUGCUCUUAGCCCAGGGUAGAUGAGAGUGAGACUGGCAUUCAUGUCUCCUGUGUGACAUCAGCAGCAGAACGUUGAGGUGACAGGCUGCUCUGGGAGUUAAAGGGAGAGUGCACUGGUCCAGGCUCAGCCCAUUGCUGUCAAGUCAAAUCAAGCACUGAGUAAUCUGUACCAGGCAGCUGCAAAGAGGAGCUGAAGCACCCGGAUUGUUGGCCCUAAAUGGGCCAGAAAAUAAGUAUCUCUUUCUAGUUAUCUUUCUCUGUUUGUCUUUCUCUCCCUCUGUCUAUCUCUCUCUCUCACACUCUCUCUCCCUCUGUCUCUCUCUGUCUCUCUUUCACUCUCUCUCUGCCUCUCUCUCCUAACACCCAUCAUAUCUCAGCUGUUAUCUCCCUGUCUUCAUGGACAAAUUCACUUUCCCCAUCCACAGUUACUGUACCCUCUCUGCCUGCCUCUAAAGGUUGAGUCAACUUGACUUACUGUGUCUGUGUGGCAGUAUUUAUAGUACAUUACACAUAUCACACUCUUUUGGCACACCAGGUCUUGUUUCAUACCCAUUUACUCCCAUCACACCCACUCACUGAUUCAUUCUAUUCUCAUCUUUAGUGUUAAUGUAUAUUUCCUUUUUGUCUUCUGCUCUUGGAUUUGUAGUGUUUAUGCAGAUUUCAUGAGGGAUACAUGCACCAACGUUUCUGACCUGAAUGCAAACAAUUGUUGAAAUAACAUACUCCUUAAACAUGUCUUACAAGUAGCAAAGUUUGUCAUACCAAUCUCUGUUUCAUUUGACCAAGAACACCCUCUCAGGCUAUAUGCUGAGUCGAAACCUUGGGUGGUGGGGUGCAGGUCAGUCAUUAACAUCCCGUAGUCCUAACCCAUAGGCCUUACUCAUUUCAUAACCUGUCCCUCUGUCUCUUCCUCCCUGCAGAUUUAGACGAGUGUGCGAGUGAGUACAACGGUGGCUGUGUCCAUGACUGCAUCAACAUCCCGGGGAACUACAGGUGCACAUGCUAUGACGGCUUCCGCCUGGCACACGACGGACACAACUGCCUU